CAAACACAUCUCUGACUCUGAGUCUUCUGAGUAUUUAAAGCAGCUUAACUUCUGGUGUCUCUGCUCUCCACAAGACCAACAUCAAACCAUGUUUGUUUUGUUUCUGUUCACCUGUGUUGUGAUGGGAGCAUUCAGUGCUCAGGCAAAAGUGGUCACAAGCUUUGACGAGUGUAAAGAGUUUUUCUACAACGGCACAGAACCAAGAGGAAUGGAUCAGAAUGCAGUGAAAAUCUGUCAGAAGAUGCAGCAGAAUAAAGUCUUUUCUUUUGCUACACUGUACUCAGUUCCUCACAGGAUUCCUCUCUACAGUGCCUACACAUUUGAUCGUGCAUGUUUAACCCCCGUUACACGGAGAGACAUCUGGUACAUUGAGCCACAGAUUUCCAAUCCUUCAUCCCAAACUGACUAUAUGGUCCGUGAGACUAAGAUUCCCAGGACUUCUAAAGAUAUUAAACAAUUUCAAGCCACAAGCAGCCAUUACAUUGGCACUGGAUAUGACCGUGGACACCUGAACCCCAACUGCUUUGGCCGUGAGGCAACGUUUACGCUGACCAAUGCAGUACCAAUGGAUGCUUGUUUCAACCGUAUCUACUGGAAGAGUUGGGAGAUAAAACUGAAGACUUUCCUAAAAACAAAAAUUAAGAAUGAUGGAAAUUUGACAACAGUCUACAUUGUCACAGGUGCGGUACCUGAUAGGAAUGUACGAAUACCACAAUUCUCUGAAGACCCUGAAAAGGUGACGGUGCCCUCUCAUAUCUGGACAGCGGUCUGUUAUUUACACUUAAAUGAUGAGGAGAAAUCUUUGUCCUUUGGCUAUAUAGGGAAAAACCAACCAUCACAGCCUGACAUAAACAUUAUGAGUAUCUCAGACCUAAAUGCCAAGCUCAGUAAACUCUAUAGUGAAGUCUCAGGAUCAGAUCAGUCAAUUACAGUUUUUGCUGAUGAUUGUUUUGGUGACAAUAAUAAGUUAAGCGUGGUUUAUAAGUCAUUUAAGAAAUUAAUUCAUCUGCCUGUGAACAUGGGAAUCCAAAUGAGCACAGACAUACAAAACACAUAUAAUGCUGUGAAAAGAAAAGUCAACAAUGACAAUGUCAACAAUGACAAUGGCACCCCUGAGAGGAGAUCCAAGAUACAGAAGUUGGCAGUACAAUUAGGCUUUGACAGCAUGAACACAUACUAUACUGAAGUAGAAGAUCUAAAGAUCUCUGAUGGAAGUGCUUGUCUAAUAAUUUCUGCUAAACCACAGACACCUGUGAAUGAUGAGUACAGAAAGAGAGAUGUAUCAGAGGUGUUGAAUGCUGUUGAAUGCCUAAUGGUUCCAGAGAAGCAGAUGACUGCAGCAGACGGAUCAAAGUGUUCAAGCAUCACUAACUCUGAUGACAGCUGUGAUUGUGAUGCAGGAGGUACAACAAAACCUUGCUGUUCCUCUCCCUGCCUGUACCGGGACAAACUCAAUUCCUACAGAUGUUACUCAGGCCAGAAGCUGAUAAAGUGCUCACCCCGGUACUCACUCAUCACGGCUAAAGGAAAGAAGUGCUUGGAUGAUCACCCCUGCGCCACAUACGGAAAGGACUACUACUGGUGCAAGACCAGUUCUGGCUGGGACUACUGCAGCCCUCCACUGAGGCAAAGUAAGGCUAAAAAUGGGAAGUACUGUCGCAACAACCACGCUUGUGCCAAAUAUGGUUCAAAUUAUAGGUGGUGCUACACGGAUGAUAAAAACAAUGACAAAUGCUGUAUUUCAGAAGACUGCUACUCAACCGUGACUGAGAAAAGAUGCCGGCAAGAUCACCCCUGUGGCUACCAUGAUGGAACAAAGUACCUGUGGUGCUACACAGAUUAUAAAAACAACUAUGAAUAUUGUUGCACAGAGUGUGAUGAUAAUGGGAACAUUUUAUAAAGAAAGUUCAACUAACCGUAAUAGAGAAUAUUGAACUCUUGAGUUAAUUUACCCUGAGAUGGGAAACUCUAAGGUUUCAGAACAGCUGAUCUGAGUAUGUUCAAGCAACUAUGAGUAAAUUGACUCAGAGUUAAACGCAUGCACAACUAUUAUGAAAAGCCAUUAUCAAUAAAGCUCUAAUCCGAUUCACCAUGGCAACAAUUCAGGGCCUCAAAACCCUCUCCCAACGUAAAUGUAACUCCCUACAAAUUAAUGCAACAUCAUCAUCUACAAGAUCCUCUACAAGGAAAUGACAUUUAAGUCACUUAGUUGGACUCUACACCCAAAUAUAUCAAAUUGGCUUUUCCUUCAUUUAAAAUACUCAUUUAGAUUUCACUAAACCUCCUUACUGAAUCAGGCCACAGUGGUCAGUUUUUAAUUUUUUUUAAUUUGUUUAUUAAAGUUUUAAAAAGCAAUAAUAACAGGAUCAAGAUACAGGAGAAUAUUAACAAAUAUUGUUCAGUUUCCAGUGUUUAUUAUAAUUAUCACUAACCCAUGGAUUGGUACAUUUGAUUGUGAUUGUGCUUGGAGCUCUUACUAACCCAGAGACUGUGCUUAUUAAAUAUUUUUUUCAUUGUAAUUACUAAGCAAAAACAAAACUGGAUAAAACUAUGAUCAUACAAAGCAUAUGCAAAUUCUUACACAAAAUUGUUCACUUUGUUUUUGUAGACUUACAUAAACACACAUCUACACAAAAGAUUGAAGAAAAACUGUGAUUUUCAUAAAGUAAAGAACUGUUUCACUUACACUUUAUACCAUUUAUAAUCAUAUCACUUAUAAUGGUAAUAAUAACAAUCAAUAAUCAUACUAAGUUGAAUCCUAUUGUAUUGUAUUGUAUUAAGUGAAAUAAUAGUGUUGGAUUGUCUCCUAAUACAUUUCCAGUUGGGUCACUUUGACCUGCUGGUCCCUUACUUUUUAUAAAAUCCCUAAAAUAAUUUUUUCUUGACCGUCUGGUUUCAUUUCUCUCUCUGUCCAUAUGACCUGUUUUUAGUUGUUUUCUUUAUUUCUUUAUUUGUAUAAAUAAACCUCUGACAAAAUAAAGACUUUUACUAUUGA